UCUUGAUUGGUGGUCCCGAAAAUCGAGCAUGCGCGAACUGACCAAUCAAUAACGUGAGGCUCGCGAGUGGGUGAACUGUCAGUUCCAAGGUCGGCACAUCGAUUUUAGGUUAAGAGAUGUCAAAAGUAAACUUAACUAGGCCAGUUUAGCGAAAAUUAGUAAACAAUGAAUUCAAAAACGAAAUGUAAGGUAAAUUCGGACGGCAGUGUGUGUUUGCGCGAUAUCCUAAACUCGUUUAAUUCUUCGGUGAAAGAAGAACAUGCUUGGGCGUUAUGUUAUCAGUGCGCGAAAUAUUUCAAUGACUGCCUUCAGACGGGAAAACAAAAUUGUUGCAUUAUUACUGAGGUACAACAUGUUUACUUGAAAACGGACGGGAACGUUCACGAGAAUACUAUUUCGGCGGGGGACGCCCCCAGAAGACUGCUUAGGAACGAAAAAGAUGUGGUAGCUGGUAUCGGUGUUAUCAUUUACACGGCUCUAGAUCCGGAUACGCAGAGCGGGGAGGAAAGGGUUAUAAGUAAUGAUUUGGAACAGCUAAUAAGUGACAUGAUCACGGAUGAACUAACCAACAGUUCGGACCACAGCCAUCACGAAACGGACGAUGAAGGUAUUGAGAGAGAUUCCGAAGAAAGCGAUGAGCCAAGUACCUCCAAGUGCAGCACUCAAAUAAGUUUACAGGAGGUUAUUAAGCGGUGCGAGAACCACCUGGGGACGUUAACAAAGACUCAAGCAGAAGCACAUUACAAAGCCGUAGUCAGAGCGCUUGUAGCCGAAGCUCUAGAGUUAUCCAUGUUUCUAGAAAAAGUAGCACAAGGCAGCAUAAGCCUGCCGACGAACAGCUCAAUGUCGAAUCUAGACCAGCUCCAGUUCUCGGACUGGGCGAAAUUCUGGGUGCAGGUAAUGGGUGAACUGCGAACCGGGGUCAAGCUGAAAAAAGUGAAUUUCAGCAAGGCCCCGAUAGAAUACGAGCUCACACCUUACGAGAUCCUCAUGAAAGACAUCAGGAACUGUAAAUAUAAUUUACGAAAAAUCAUGGUUAACGGAGACGUUCCCUCCAGGGUUACCAAAGACGCCCAUGCCAUUAUCCUCGAGUUCAUAAGGUCGCGGCCCCCUUUGAGAAAGGUGAGUGAUCGGAAGUUGGCCCCCCAACCACGCACACUGACUCCUAGGGAACAACUCCUCAAUUCAAUCAAGAAGGGUAGAAAACUAAGGCCUGUACCAGUUCCUCGUACAUCUAGACGGAUAGAUACGCCUAAAUCAUCCCCGAAAGACGCCACGACCCCCUCAAAACCCCCAGCUCGCAGGCUCAUAAAGGUAGACUUCUCUCAGUUCGAAGACGAAGAUGACGACGACGAACCAGACAGCACCCCCGAAUCCGUAGAACCGGGCCUGUGGUCCAACGAAUACCCCCAGAUAUGCGACAGCACCCUCGACGCGUACGACCUCGCAACGCAAGACUACACUCGGGCGACCAUUAGAAGAAAUACUCUAGACGUAGUCGACACUAACAUCGGAAGCUAUUCCGUACCCCAAUCCCGCCCCUGUUCAAGACAAUCGUGCAACAGCUCCGAGGCCGAAUCGGUCCAGCUCGAACCCGACGUGGCGAAACAAAUCCAAGAUGAGCUCACCUGCACCCAGAACUGGCAAGACACCAUAUCGUUAGACGACAGACUGUCGCUCACUCUAUCGGAAAUCGUUCAUAUCCGUACGGUGCUUACAAAAGCUGAACUGGAGGCCCUCCCGGUAGAGGGCAGGGUGCGCCACGACGUCGAAGCUAGGAAGGUCUGUUUCCUAUGUCUGAAGACGAGGUUCGGCAUCUUCGGGCCCUGGGGCACCAGGUGCACCCUCUGCAAGCGCACAGUUUGCUCGAAAUGCUGCUCCAAGAUGAACAUACCCAUGGAACACUUCUCGAGCGUUCCCGUCGUCUUACUGAGCCCCAGUAUAAUGUGCACCCCGGAGGAAGAACCCAACGAGUCCAUAGCCAAGUCUCUAGUCAAUAAACUCACGGAUUCCGAGGCCUCCGGGUCGAUCUCCAAAGAAGCCAGUCCCGACUACAGCAGGCCGGGUUCCAGCAUGGAGAGCAGCAUCAUUAGCGACCCCGGCUCCUUGGGAAAGUUCCGCACAAAGGCCGUGGUGGUGGGGAGGGCAGCCCGCGCGAUGGACCGGUUCAAGGGGGCCCAAAUGAUGGUCUGCCACGAUUGCAAGAUGAUGGUGUUGCAGAUAAUCAAGUCGGCCAGGGUUAAUCGGUCUGCCAUCCGUAACAAGACUAUUCAGAGCCUCACACUCAACCUGUCGCCUGUAUUUUAAGACGUGAUAGCCCUCGUACGGGAACCUCGUAAAAUUAAAGGGAUUUAAACGUUUCAUUACCUUCACACCAAAGAGUAGAUAGCAUCUUCACACCAUAACUUUAACUCUUUCUUCCAGAUAGACGGUUUUAUAUAUUAAGUAAUUUAUAUACGAGGUGAUCGAGAGCUAAUGGUUGGUCCCCGUUACAGGAAAACGGGAAGAGCAGAUAGAAAACCACAAGAGAGGAUCAUUAUUGCAAGUACAUAUUUGACUUAAAACUCCAUCUUGGUAAGUUUACCGUUUUAUGUAACGAUAUAAUUUUUCCCAAUUUCUCCCAUAUUUUUUCAUAUUCAUUUUUGUGAAUAGCUUUUAUUAAAAAUUGUUUUCGAUAUCUUAUCCCGUUAAAGAUAUAAAAUGAUGAAUAUAGAGGAAAAACACCAAAAACCAAAAAAUCGUAAUAUCUACUUUUUCACCGAGUGUUAUUAAUUUGUUUUUUUUUAUUAAAUGUUAUACUAAUAAUUCUACCCCUCAUCUUAAUCACAGGGAUUAGUCAGAGACUGGUGUGGGAGAGGGCACGGCAUAUUAUUAUUUGAACUAAAUUAUUUAAAAUGUCAGCGAUGAAAACAAAUAUUGAAA